AUGGACUCUGGGACUUUCGCAAGCGCCGGGGAGCUGGAUGAAAGUACCAAGAGCAUGGAGGGGCUCAUGGGGGCGGGCAGUUUUGCUGCAAGCCAGUGCAGGAAUCUGGUGGCUCACUCUGCCUUAGGAGGGCCCCCUCCUCCUGCCUUGUUGCAGGGCUCUACCUACUCCAGCCUGGAUGCGCCCGGUGCAGGCCCCGGGGAGCCCUCCAAGCAAUGCAUUCCGUGCCCUGCUAUCGCCCAAAGUUCCUCCACCACCCCGCCUUUACCUUAUGGAUAUUUCGGCAGCGGUUAUUAUUCUUGUCGGGUUGCCAGGAGCGCCCUCAAACCUUGCCCCCAGUCCAGCUACUCUGCGGAUAAAUAUAUGGACACCCCAGCGGCGGCUGAUGACUACCAGACCCGACCGACAGAGUUGGCUUUCUACCCCGGCUACGCAGGCCCGUACCAGCCCAGGGCUAGCUACCUGGACGUUUCUGUAGUUCAGACCAUAGGUGGGCCGGGAGAUCCCAGGCAUGAGACACUUUUACCCGUGGACAGUUACCACCAGCCGUGGGCUUUAACCAGCGGUUGGAACAGCCAGAUGUGUUGCCCCAAAGAUCAAAGCCAGGCUGGGCACUUCUGGAAAUCUGCCUUUGCAGAUGUGGGCCAGCCCCCGCCGGACGCCAGUUCCUUCCUCCGGGGUCGCAAGAAACGGAUUCCCUACAGCAAGGGGCAGCUGAAGGAGCUGGAGAAGGAAUACGCCAGCAGCAAAUUCAUCACCAAGGACAAGAGGAGGAAGAUCGCCGCCGCCACCAACCUCACGGAGAGACAGAUCACCAUUUGGUUUCAGAACAGGAGGGUGAAAGAGAAGAAAGUGGUGGCCAAAGUCAAAACCAGCAGUACCCCGUGA